GAUUGGAUGGUUAGCUAUAGCUAUCAAAAAUGCUUGACUUCGUAGCUGUUUUUGAGAGGGGCGGGGCGGUCCUAUGGAUGCUCCAGUUCACAACGCUGCGGCAUAGCCCUUUGGAAGCGAUUAACGCACUGAUUAGAGGCUGUCUUCUAGAGGAGCGUCUGGGUGAGAACACGUUCACCUUCGUUCCCAAGUCAGGCGCAGCUCAGGCGUUAAAAUGGACUUUCCAUAACGGGCUUGGCUUGGUCUUUGUGGCUGUGUACCAAAAGACCUUGUCUCUCCUCUACGUCGACGAGCUGCUAACAAGCGUAAAGGACGAGUUCGUGGGGAUAUACCAACCGGGACACCGUGGCUACCGGCAGUUCGACGAUGUGUUCAAUCGGCUUCUGCGUGAGGCCGAAACCCGAGCUGAACUAUCGAAGCGACAACCGGUCAUGCGCAGCGCCGCAGCUAACUCGGCGAAGCAGACCGGUGGUGCCGCUGCAAAGAAGGGGUCGGCAGGGGCACAAUCGGGAGGCAAGGCCAACGGUGAUGCUGACGCAGACGAGGAUGCCGCUGGGGCCCGCAAGCCGUCUGCCAACGGCGGCCCCGGCCACACGAGCGAGGGCUCCGCGGGCGGCGAGGAUGGCGACACAAGCGCAGCCGAGGACGGCGUGCGUGCCUUCGACGUGAGCAAGCUACCCAAGGGAGUGGCAGCGCGGGGCGGACGGGGCGGCCGCGGCGGCGGCCGGUCGGGCCCCGGUGCCAAUGCUGCCAGCAAGAAGAAGGAGGACUCGGCGCCAAAGAAGAAGGCACGCAAUUGGAACACGCUGUUCCCCUCGGGCAAGGGCGACCAGCCCGACCGCAUUGACUUCACGGAGGAGGGCGACGCGGGGCCGCCCACCGCCAGCGACCGGGACCUGGUGUCGGGCGCCUCCGCCUCCGCCACGGAAGACGAGGGGGCGGCGCAGCAGCGCGCGGGCGUGUCGCGCAUGGACGUGGAGGAGGACGAGUACGAUGAUGACGAUGAGGAGCUGGAUGCCGACGAGCUGCUCAACAACGGUGCCGCGGGGUCCGCGGGUGGCCGCAGCGGCGGCGCUGCUGCCGCCGCGGCUCCCGCCAAGCGCGGCGUGCUGGCGUCCUUCUUGAGCUCGCUGUCCAUGAACGUGGUGGGCAAGGCGGCGCUGUCGCGGGCCGAUGUGGAGCCGGCGCUUGCGGAGAUGAAGAGGAAGCUCAUGGAGCGCAACGUGGCGGAGGAGAUCGCGGCGCAGGUGUGCGACAGCGUGGGCCGCAACCUGGAGGGCAAGCGACUGUCGGGGUUCACGGGUGUGGCGGCGUUCGUGCGCGGCGCGUUUGAGGAGGCGCUGUCGGGCAUCCUCAACAAGCGGGCGGUGGACGUGCUGAUGGAUAUCAAGAAGAACCAGGCCCGCGGCAAGCCCUACGUGAUCGUGUUCUGCGGCGUCAACGGAGUGGGCAAGUCCACCAACCUCGCCAAGAUCGCCUACUGGCUGGGCGGCCACGGCAUCAAGGUCAUGAUUGCCGCCUGCGAUACCUUCAGGGCAGGCGCCGUGGAGCAGCUGAAGACGCACUGCGCCCGGCUGCGUGUGCCGCUGUACGAGCGCGGCUACGAGAAGGACCCCGCCAAGGUGGCCUACGAGGCCUGCCGCCAGGCGGAGCGGGACGGGGUGCAGGUGGUGCUGGUGGACACGGCAGGGCGCAUGCAGGACAACCAGCCGCUAAUGCGUGCGCUGGCCAACCUCAUCGCCGUCAACGACCCCAACCUGGUUCUCUUCGUGGGCGAGGCGCUCGUGGGCAACGACGCGGUGGACCAGCUAACCAAGUUCAACAAGGCGCUUUCCGAUCUGGCGCCAACUGCUGCCGCCGCGGCUGCAUCCGCCACUGGCGGCGUCGGCGGCAGCGCGCGCGGCGGCGCCGACGGCUCGGCGCUUGCGCGCCGCCACGGCGGCGUCAUCGACGGCAUCGUGCUGACCAAGUUCGACACGAUUGACGACAAGGUGGGGGCGGCGCUGAGCAUGGUGUACACGAGCGGCGCGCCUGUGAUGUUUGUGGGGUGCGGCCAGACGUACGUGGACCUGAAGAAGCUCAACGUGAAGAGCGUGGUGAAGAGCCUGCUGAAGUGAGGAGCUUGAGGAGUGCGAUACCUCGGUGUAGUACCGUACACGGAAGAGCACAGCCAUGGGAAGAGCGUAGUAGUCUCGGCCUUCAAGGAGAGUCAUGGAAGCCCGAGGAGCAUUGUGGAAUGGAGGGAGGUUGUGGAGUACAUAUGAGUGGUAGCACGCUCGGUUAGGUUUGGUUAUGUCCAAAGUUGGAGUCUGUUUGCGUGUAUCCUGGAGGUAUACAAGCCAAGGGGCAGGGGUCUAGGGCGAUGGGGUUGCCGGGUAGUUGGUUUGAUGCCAUGAGUCGGCGACCCCCAGCAGGGUCGCUAUCAGCGUCGUUAGGCCCCUGUGGCCCUGUGCUCAAUGAUACUUUGUUGGUGCUACAUGUGUAUCAACCAAAUUACGGGCGCUUCCGGUUUCGUCAAUGUUGUCACGUUUUCAAGCGAGUGGCGUGUCUCAGUAAGGACAGUAGCAUAGGGCAGCAGGAUAGGGCUUAUGGGCCCUGGCCUGGCAUGAGACGCAUGUGUACAAAUGAUUUCUAUGUGGCCGCCGUCGCUAUGGUAAGCCGAGCUGCUGACUGAUAUACGCGUUCACGUGGAGCCAGGACUGCCAGGAUUGCCGUCGUGCUUUCUUAGCAUGCUGGGAAAUUUGCUGAGGAGGGCAAACCAGCUCAGCCACCCAACAUUGUAAGUUGCACCACAAA